GAACACUAGUACUGUGGUACUUGUGCACAUGAUUAACUGUCUUCUAAUUCUGCUUGCAAACUGCUAAAACUUUGCGGACCAUGAUCGGUCAAUGCUAUCUCAUGGCAAACGUCGCUAAAUGCCUCAAGGCUAUCGGAUCAGACAAUUCCCGCACCUCAACUAUUGACGAAAGUUCCAUUACCUGGAACAUUGCAGUCAUCCACCACGUCCACACAAAUUAACUGCAGAUGCCAACAUCAUGAUUUAUCAGAUCGAGCCAUUCUUAGUUUCAAUGACCAGUCUACCAAUGUUCGCAUUCAAGGUCCAAGAUGAAAAUCCCUUCACUCGUCUCAUUAAACCUUUGUCUUAACCUUGUCUGGGCACUCCUUCAUGUUCAUCCAGGAUCUAUUUUUGGUAGCCUCUCAGUUUUCUUUUACCUUCUUGAGAUUGCAGACAAGAUUCUUGUCACACAUGCUACAACCACCCACGAGUCUUCCAAGACGAAACGAACCAAUGAACCUUCACUUAUGAUACAUUCUACAGGUGCAUACCAUCAUUAUAGGCGAUCCUGCGCUUGUCAUAUACUUCGCCUCUGGGACGAUUAUCAAAUAUCAUGUGACGCAGCCUGAGCUUUUCGGUCCACAUAGUGCGCAUCUAGAUCUUGUCGGACGUCGUUGAAACGAUCAAUGUCGAAAGUUGGAGUUGGGAACUGUACGGUUCGGGACCUAGUACAGGCCCGUCUUCGGUGAUUCAAUAUUCAGCAGGGGCAAGAGUUACUGACAUUACAAGGCCGCGCCGUGAACAGAAUAGUAUUAUUUUUGUAUCCUUCAAGCAACACGUCUUAUAUAUAUCUACAGACAUGCAUUCCUAGUUGAACCGAAACCACGCCAACUCUAUAAUUGGACUUGAUGCACGUUUAAUUGACUUGACCAAUCACUAGCAAUUUGCACGUCCCAUACUGCAUCGAUGUGACAGAAGAAAUACAACUCACUUUGCAGUGAAAUUGGUUCUUUCAUGCAGCAUUCCCAGCAUUGCUCGUCACUCGUGCAAGACGAAGGACAUUGAUCGAUGCCCGCAUUAAUGGGCGUGGCAGAGAUUGAUGGUAUCAAAGCAGCGACAACGGCAAAGACAAUUGCAGAGGAGGAGGAUCUGGUGGUUGAAAAUUCCUCUACAGAUGAAUGUAAGUUGUUAACCUGGAAUCCUG